GGUUCUCAGGACGGGAGGGGCUGGGGGUGAACGAGUUCAUCGGGUUCAUUCCUGUAUCGCAGGUCGGCUGUUCCCUGUUCCCUGUGUUAACGAGAGGCUGCGGCACAAAUCGCUGAUGAAACAUGGAAGCAGUCCGCAUCGGAGACCGGAUACAUGGUGUUUAUUCUGGACACUGACUGGAUGAGUUGAUAGCUUUAAAGCACGCAGCCAUUUUCAGGUGAACCUGUGCUCUUCCAGCCAGCUGUAGCCUAUAUGUUGGGAAUGGAGAGAUCGCUUUUUCCUGUGCAGGCUGCUGCUGCUGGAAUAUAAAUGAUGAUGAUGAUGGCUGAUGGGUGCUGCAGGGGAACGGAAAGAAGCAGGGGUAAGAUCCCGUCCGAUUCUCUGUCCAGACACGCGUUUCCCCAGCAGUACAUCCAGGCUGGAGCAGCGCAGCAGGGAAGUGACAUUCAGGAACUGGCCUCAAAACGCGUUGACAUCCAGAAGAAACGCUUCUAUCUGGAUGUGAAGCAGAGUGUACGCGGUCGCUUCCUGAAGAUAGCCGAGGUGUGGAUCGGGAGAGGGCGUCAUGAUAACAUCAGGAAGAGCAAGCUGACCCUGUCCAUGUCAAUGGCUCCGGCUCUGCGAUACUGCCUGGGAGAUUUCAUCGAUUAUUACGCCCGAAUCGGACUGCGGGGGGGCCUGGCCCAGACUCCCCAGCUGGCAGAGGAACACGGCAGCAACGGGCAGGGCCGCGGGCAUGAUGCUCGCAGAAAAGCGCGGGAGCAGCAUGCAUCUCCCACCGGCUCGGUAGGCUCCGAUGAUCAUGCACACCGAGUUCUGAAGAGUGAGUUUAUUGAGCGAGACAACAGGAAGUACUUUCUGGACCUCAAGGAGAACCAGAGAGGUAGGUUCCUCCGCAUACGACAGACCGUCAGCAAAGGCCACGGCUCCAUGGGCUACUAUGGCCAGGGCAUCGAGCAGACCAUCGUUCUGCCCGCACAGGGGCUCAUCGAGUUCAGAGACGCCCUGUCGCAGCUCAUUGAGGACUACGGGGACGAAGAGGUGGACGAGCAUGGCCGACUGGGCUCCAGGACUCGCCUCGAUAACCCCGAGCUACCGGAGGCAGCGUCCUUCCGAGUGGACAACAAACGCUUUUACUUCGAUGUGGGCUCAAACCGCUACGGGGUUUUCUUAAAAAUAAGUGAAGUGCGCCAGCCGUACAGGAACACCAUCACGGUCCCGUUGAAAGCCUGGGCUCGAUUCGGAGAAAACUUCAUCAGGUAUGAGGAGGAAAUGCGGAGGAUCUUCUCAUGCCACAAGGAGAAGAGGACAGAAGACCGACAGGACAGCAUAGAGCAGGAGGACUGACCUCUGCACCCUCCAGACACAUGGCCCAACCUUCCACAUGCCAUGUACUGUCUCCACAAGUAGGCUGAUUUACCAAGGGCUGGUAAACAUCUACCCUGCCAAGAAGUGAUCCAUUCAUAGCCUUAUAGCAACACCUGAUUCAUCUACUGCUGCUGAUGCACUUUAACCAGGAGCAGCCUGGGAAUGAUUUGGGGCUCUGUGGACUUUAACCCACAUUUGCCUUUUAAAUUUAAGAAUGCACUGUACAGAUGGUUAUUAAUCAAGAAAGUUACAGUGAUGUGGUAUUACUGGUAAUAGAUGAGCUUUAGAGUUGACCAUUGUUAAUGUUGGCACACUAAACAUUACCUAAUAUUUUUGUGGCAAGCAAAAGUGCAGAGAAGUGCAAACUGCAACAAAUCAAAAGGGUCAUUAUAAACAUAGAAUGAAUAUCUAUAUUUAAGUCAAAUCAAAAGUUGAGGUGAGUUCUCUGAGAAAUUUGCUGGGUUGUUGGGAUAUCCUGAUGGUUGGGCCCUUAGGUAGUCCCAUAAGUGCAAUAAAUACCAGUAAAUGCUUACAGCCUCACUGACCUGGGGAAAAGUAUGGUGUAGUGAGCUGUAGGUGUUGAUUCAAUGGAAUAAUAUAUUUCUAAUUGUCACAACAACUAGACAAGAGAAACAUUGGUGUGCCGAUGCAUGCUGCCAGUGAAAUGGUUAUGCUGGUGUUGUGACUUGUUUUGUUUUCUGAUGUAGAGUUUAGUCCUUCAGUUGACUGUUCAAGUGUACAUGGACAGCAGAAUCCUGGCUUUGACCUUGUGUUUCUCCUUAGAUCAGAUUAUGUUCCGGUAUUCUUACGUACUGUUAUCAGUGAAGACAUGAUCUGGUCUUUGCCUUCUCAUGUGCACUGGAGAAUUGCAGGGUGUGUUGUGUUCUCCAGAUCAUUAAAAGCAGAGUUCAGCACCAGAACAGUCCCAACAUACAAGGAUUGAUGUGUGCAUGCAGACACAGUUCAUUGCUGCUAUGUGCACUGGCAGUUUAGCAUCCAUCAAAAGAUACCAAAACUGCACAGUAGAUGACAGAUCUUCACAUUGGCAAGCUCUGGGUCAGUUUAGAGACAACUUUUGCAGUGAUGCAAACCUGCAGAGCAGUCUAUUGAGUGCAGAAUCACUGACCAGAUGUCACCCUGCUACACUUAAAAUCCAUUGGUGCUUAGAGUUGCACCACUAGUCAGUUUCAGAAAGAAAACUGAUCUUGUGAGCAGUCCAGAGUGAUUUUUAAUGAGCCAAACUGCCAGUGCAGUUGUUGCUGAAAGAGCCAACAAGACUUUAAGGGGGCAAAACAAAUCUAUAACUGUGAGGCUUGAGUAGGUUUCUUGCAAUUAGUAUAUGGAACACAGUGUAGUCUUUGGAUGAUGCUAGUCUGAUCCAACUUUGGGUGUCAUUGGGCAAGGCUACAUCCAUGCAUAUUGAUAUUUGAGGCAUUUUUUUGUCAUGAAGCAUAAAACUGUCAAAGAAAGAAUUACUUAGCUGAAAAUAACUUUAAACAUAAAAAUGUCAUGAGAGAUGGCAAAAGAAAGACGUAGCACAAGCAGCUACAUAUUGUCUUUUCAGAUGUGAAUUCUGCAGUUUUUCUACAUGUCUGCUGCUAGGCACACCAACAUGAUCAACUGGAAGCAAAUGUAAAAACAGCCCUGGAAAACACGAAGGAAGCCACACGUUUCUGCUGAAGGCAGAUUUAGGCAUGGUUCAU